GUUUUAGGGCAGCUCGGCUAUGGCGAGGCCGGGGGGUGGCGCCAAGCGCGCGCGGCGCGACAAGGGGCUUGUGGUGGAAUUCGACGAGACCAAGCGCAGGGAGUUCCUGACGGGAUUCAGGAAGAGAAAGAAUCAGAGGCGCAAGGCAGGGGCUAUGCAGCAGCAAGCAAAGGAGAGGAAGAAAAAACUCGCGGCGAGGCAAGAGUCUAUUGUUUUUGCCUCACAGAGGCGGCUGCUCAGGAAACAAGCGCUUGGAUUGCAACAAGAUCCCGAGAGUUCUCAUGAUCCCGAGGAAGUUGACGACCAAGCGGAAGGCGAUAAUCUGGAAGAAACAGUGGUUUACGAAGACGAUCAGACAAGGACCGUGGUGAAUACAUGCCCGAUCGAAGACAGUGAUGUAAAGUCGAGGGCUCGUCCGAGCGGCAAGAAGAAAACCAGUCACAAAUCGAAAAAAAUCCAAAAGCUGACGCUUCCAUGAAACCUUCCCAACUGUUGAAUAGUUCGAAUGGAUCAGAGCUAUUCCUUCUCUUGAAGAUGGUGUAAAGAGUUUUGGCUCGAGGCCACCGUUGCAGAGCCUGAUUUUUUGGGAAAGACUAGAUCAAGCUUACAAUGCAGAUAGCCGGAAGUAUGCCAUGACGAGAUCGAUCAAGAGUUUAAGCAAAACAGAAGGUUUGGGUCGGAUCAAGGGCAAAUCGUGAGCCCGGUUCCAGGCUCGAUCUGAAGAAGCUGUUUGUAGACAAGGUGUUGAUCAAAGCGUUGCACAAAUAUUUUGGUGACAAACAAACGUUAGCGAUGAUCCAGAUCAAGGAGGGUGGCAAGUAAGUUUAGCAUGAAACGUAUGCUAGCUGGUAUAUAGAUCUUGAAAGUGUUUCAAAUGCCCCUUGAUUAAAGUGUGAUUACUAUAUCAUAAAAGCUGUAGAGAGGGAGAGAAAUAAAUUCCUUGGCUAUUUCUUUUAUUUAUCCAAGGGGAAAGAGGAAUAGCUUUUUAGGUAGGGCUUUUCUCCUCCCAGUGUUUUGGGUGGGUUUUUGUGUGGGAUCGCAAUUGGAGGUGGGGGAUGGAGCAGCAACAUUUGUACCAGCAGCAGCAGCAGCUAUUAGGCGAACCAAACCGGUAUUUUGAGCUGGAACAAGCAGUCCAACAGUUGAGGCCUCUUGUGAUUCAGGUUUUGAAGACCCAAAUGUACCACAACACAACAGCUGCUGUGGAUCUGAGACGAGGGAUCAGGAGAGUCCGAGAAGUUUGCAAGCAGCUCCGAGCUGAGACGGUGCUCCUGGCCAAGACGCGACGAGGAGCACCGGAUCACAGCCCGGCAUUUGAAGCUGCUCCUCAUGUCCCCAGCAAUCUGGAGCAAUCUGGAGCGAAGAGACACAAACCGGAUCACGCCUCCCAUCAAUCACCUGUUGUUGGCGGAUCUCCCUCGACUGUGAACUUCGUCAUUAUGCAGCCGGGGGAAGACCAGAAAGUCCCAGUGGCCUCGACCACAGCGUGAAAAGGAAAAGAGGAAAAGAAAGAACCUCACUCACAGUUGCCUAGGAGCAUUUUUUCAUUCUUUGUCUCCGGUCCCCUCUUCGUCAAUGCAUCUUCAGAUCCAGAAGAUAUA